AUGGCGUUUCUGAGAGGGACCGCGUCGAUUAAUUGCACCCUUGUCAGCAUCAUCUUGCUCUUGUCACUUCCACUGCUACUGGACCUGACACGGCUGCCGGACAGCUCAGCAGCUCAGGAGUACGUCUACUCCCUUCUGACUCCAUGCGAUGGGCUUAGGCUCUGUAACCUCUGUGGUGAGGUACUGGAGAUGGUCGACCUCGCACAGCGUGCGUUGGCGAACCCAUUUCAAGAUAAGUUGACGCUCUCACCAGAGGGCGUGGAUCUACAUGGUCUGCAGUUAUAUCAGCGAUGUCUGCGGGAGCCGUUCCUUCGUGGCUGCGACACGCUCGUUCACAAAGUCAAGGCGCAGAAAAUUGAGUCCGCGAAGGUAGUACUGGAGAAGGUGGUUGAGGAUGUGCGGUUCAGGCAGCGAUGGGGUUCUUUAGGGAAGGACUACAUCCUUGACAACACCGUACAGCUCACCGCCUACAUGUUUGAUUCACAGGAUCGACCGCUUGGCGGGAUGCGUGACUUGCGCAAGAAGGAGGGUACCACGGGAAACAUUGUUUACCAACCGACCACCCUUAGCCUCGGCGGUGACCCCGAGAUUGAAAGCGUGGUGACCUGUGUGUGGUUCCUGCGGCGUGAUGUUCAGCCUCGCCAUCGCGACUUUUGCUAUUCCUUCUGCGAGGGUAAACUGACAUUCUUUGGGCGGGUGCAACUAGAGCUUGUGCGGUUCUAUGUGCGUCACGCCGUUAAAUCUCGUCUUCUCCUCCUCCGGCAGAAGCACCGCGGUACGCUAUUAGUGGCGGAGCUGAUCAUGAUCAGCUUUGUCUUUUGCGUGGAGCGGAUGAUGCGUCCUGCACUGACGGGGAGCGGCACCGUUGCCCGCCGUAUCACGCGCGUACAGGGUAAAAGUGCAGCCUCGACAUCCACUAACAGCUCUUUAGUGAAUGAAGCCCAUAGCGAGGACGGCGCGGUGGCAGCAGGCAGUGGUAAAUUUCAGUGUCGAUCUGGGGGUCGACGACGACGAUGGGUUGUGGUGGCGUGA